UGUAGCUGCGGUGAGAACGUCAUUCCUUUCAGAUCACGAUCGGAUGACCUGAACUACAUCGGUGUCGAUAUAUAUCCAGUCGAGUGAAUCGAAACUGCCCAAGAUCGUACGGCUGCGUUUCUCGUCUCACUCUACCAGAGAAAGACUUGCGAGCCAACCAGACGACCAUCUUAAAUUAAGAGCCUACAUCAGAGUGUCCCAGCAUGGUCGCCUUCGUUAUCGACCAGUACUACCUGGUCAUUACCCUACUCAUCACUAUAGGGUGGCAAUGUUUGGGCUUCUUCAUCGCCUGGACUUUACAGUUUGACAAGAUCACCGACUUCACGGGGGGCAGCAACUUUUUCGUUCUAGCCCUGGUGACUCUCUUGAUGGGCAACACUUUCUAUGCAAGAAACAUCGUCGCAUCCGUCUUCCAGAUGGUCUGGGCCGCUCGAUUGGCUGGGUUCUUGCUGUUCCGCGUUCUCAAGACGGGUAGCGACAAUCGUUUCGACGACAUCCGGUCGCACUUUUUGAAAUUUGCCGGGUUCUGGGUCGGCCAGAUCCUUUGGGUCUGGGUCGUCUCUCUGCCCGUGGUCAUCUUGAAUUCUCCUGCCGUAUCGGACUAUUCGAGGGGAGGAGACAAUCCCUCUUUCGGUACAGGAAGGGACAUUGCGGGAAUCAUCCUCUGGGCGCUCGGUUUCAUCGUCGAGAGCUGGGCUGAUAUCGCCAAGUUCUGGCACAAGAGCAACAACCCGCCAAAGAACCGACCAUGUACCGCUCAGGUCUGGGGCUGGUCUAGACAUCCUCCUUACUUUGGCGAGAUCAUUUUGCAAUGGGGUAUCUGGAUUCUGACCAUCUCACCCUCGACCAACGGACGUGUUGAUGGAGGGGCCAAGAGCGCUCAGUACGGAGCCGUCGUUGGACCCAUCUUUACCACGCUUUUACUUCUCUUCGCUUCUGGAAUCCCCACUGCGGAGAAACCCACUGCCAAAAAGUUUUACCUUCAAUCCUACUCGCCCAACCCGGAUCGGGAGAACGACGGCGGUUCGACCUGGAGACACUACAAGGGCUACCUGGAUCGUACUUCGUUGCUGAUCCCCAUUCCGCCUGCGCUGUACAAGCCUCUGCCGAGAUGGGUCAAGACGUGGGUCUUGUUGGACCUGCCAAUGUAUCAAUUCGACGAGAAGAAGGAUGGGGAAAAAGCGAUCGAGGAGGAGAGGCAGAAGUUGGAGAGGGAGAGGUCGUAAAGUCUGAUUGUAGCCGAAAAGGAUAGGUAGAUGUAGAUCGGUCGUGUCUAUAAUGAUGAUGUCGAAUUGAGACUGAGAAUAAAGAUGGCACGGUUAGCAUAUGAUCAUC